AUGGAUCAGACAUUUAGACCCUCACCAGAUGCGCCUGUGGUACGGCUCAUGGUCCUUGAGACCGACAUGCCUCACCCAGAUACCUACUCAGAGCGAGGCUCUUUUGGCCAGAUCGUGCAUAGGUUCUUUUCCAAAGCCGGAAGUGCCCAUCAUCCGCCCCUAGGUGUCGAAACAGACCAGGUGUUUGUCGUUUCUGAGCGAGGCGGCCGUGUCCCAACCGUGGACGAGUUCGCUCGCUUUGACGGACUGGUCAUCACGGGAAGUGUGUACGAUGCACACGCCAACAACCAAUGGAUCCUAGACCUACUGGAGCUCCUCAAGACCCUCUGGAUCCAGCGUCCGGACUUCCACUUCCUGGGUGUUUGCUUCGGCCACCAACUCCUCGCCCGCCUCCUCGGCGGCAAUGUCGCACCUGCGCCCAGUCAAGAUUGGGAACUCGGCCACUCUCGAAUCGACCUCACCCCCACCGGUCAGCGUCUGUUCCGUACGCGAGACAGCCACAUCUUCCUGCACCAGAUGCACCAGGACCAAGUGACCGCGCCACCCACUGCUGCGUCUGCGGGACCGGAGAUGCUCUCUGCGGACACUGAAGUCGCGUGCUGGGGGCGCAGCGAGCACACGCCUGUCCAAGGCCUGUACAUCCCGAACCGACUUUUCACAUCGCAGGCCCAUUUGGCCUUUGAUGAGGACAUGGUGAAGCGUCAGAUCCAAAUCCGAGUGGAUGGUGGGGGAAUCAAAGAUCUUGAGCAUGCGGAUCGAGCGGCUGAAACGGCGCACUUGGAGCACGAUGGUGUCGAGGUUGCCAAGGCGAUCUUGCGGUUGUUUGUGUUUGAUGACGAUGACAUGGGUUAUGAAAGGAGAUGA